UUAUUUAAUUUUAUUUUUACAAAAAAAGAAGAAGAAAAUACAAUAAAUGGCUGUUGUUAUCAGAGGAUGCACUUGAGUUAAGGGCCUGACUUAACAAUUCUGUGAUUAGAGAGUAGGUUUAUACGGAGUACUCUUCUUUGGCGUCAUAGAUAUACUGUAAGAAAGACUUUUACCAAGACAACCCCUUUAACAAGACCGGCUCUGCUAAUAACGUCCAUUUAUGAAAUUUGUCCCCACCCAAUUCUCAUUUUGUCAUAUAAAACUCUUGUCAAACACCUCCACGGAACACUUCCCUUUCAAGCUGCUAUUUUCAACAAUUUCAGAAGCUCUUUCUCCCCUCUCUAAAAAAAAUGGGUUCAUCUUCAAGUCCAAUUAUAUCACCAAGAAAGCUAAGAUCUGAUCUUUAUUCAUUUGCAACUCAAGAUGAUCAUGAUCCAAAUACACCCUUAGUCAUAUCUGUUCUUGCUUCUCUCUUAGAAAGAACCAUGUCAAGAAAUGAAAGAAGUACAAAAAAGUUCAUCAACUCAUCACCGUCUUCGCCAUCGAAUGAUCGAACGCAUAUUUUUUAUUGCGAUCGAACACUUGACAUGACAAUCCAAUCUUUCCUUGAAAGAAUUUUUCGUUACACUCAUAUUGCACCUUCAAUCUAUGUAGUUGCUUACAUCUACAUUGAUAGGUUUUGCCAAAUUCACAAAGAAUUUCGGAUUACCAACACAAACGUUCAUAGAUUCUUGAUCACCACAAUUAUGGUUGCUUCAAAAUUUGUUGAGGAUAUGAAUUAUAGAAACUCUUACUUUGCAAAAGUCGGUGGAAUAACAACAAAAGAAAUGAACAAAUUAGAAGUGGAGUUUUUGUUUUUGAUGGGUUUUAAGUUACAUGUGAAUGUGAAAGUUUUUGAGAGCUAUUGUUGUCAUUUAGAGAGAGAAGUAAGUAUCGGUGGUGGGUAUCAAAUUGAGAGGAGUUUAGGGUUUAUGUGCGGUGGACAUAUGAAAUCAGUAAAAAGAGAGAAUAAUCAGAGAAAUAAUUUGAUGAUAACUACUUCAUCAAAUGUAGUUCAUAGUAAAUAGUACUAGUAUUUAUCAUGCACCCCAUCUCCUUCACAAUUUUGUUGGUAGGAUGUCAAUGUCAUGUAUAAAGUUUUUUUUUCUUUUU